UCCGCUGGCCACCCCCCGAUUUUCACUAGCCACCCCUCCAUUUCCGCUUGCCCACCCCCCCAGGACGUGUUCCUGAUGAUCCGGCGCCACAAGACCACGAUUUUCACCGAGGCCAAGGAAUCCUCCACCGUGCUGGAGCUGAAGAGGAUCGUGCAGGGCAUCCUGCACCGGCCCCCCGAGGAGCAGCGCCUCUACAAGGACGAUCAGCUCCUGGAGGACUCCAAGACUUUGGGCGACUGCGGCUUCACGAGCCAAACGGCGCGGCCACAGGCCCCGGCCACCGUGGGGCUGGCGCUGCGCAACGGGGGUGGGGGUCCCCAAAAACGGGCUUGGGACCCCAAAAACGGGCUUGGGACCCCAAAAACGGGGCUGGGGGUCCCCAAAAACGGGCUUGGGACCCCAAAAAUGGGCUUGGGGGG